CAAGUUGAAGGAAAAUUACAAAUCAAAGAUUUAAUUGAUUUAACUAAUCCAAUAAUAAUUGAAGAUUGUAGAGUUGAUGAUUUGGAAGACAACAAUAAUAAUAUUGAGAGUCAUGAAAAUUUAUAUUUUGAUGUAGAUAAUAUUGUAAAAGAAGCUUUCGAAGCUUCAGAGCAAUAA